AAAUUGGUAUGGCGCACUUUUAUCCCGCCCAAAUUCGAAGCAUUUUCAUUCUCUUUUGGAUGCCUAAUAAUCUCUUCUUCGUACAUGGCAAGAAGACCAGGUUUUUUACUUCUGUGUCUCCUCCUUCUGUAAUAACCCGGAACCCCCUCUCUCUCUUCGAUACCUCAAACCUUCCAGUGAAUCCCCGAUCUUAACCCAUUUACAGCUUAGGUUUUCACAACGUUUUAAAGGCGGUUUGAAUUAAUUGGAAAUUCGUGUUUGAUAUGCUGUGGUCAAGCUAACUAAUGGCUACUACGCAAAUGUCAGUUAGUGGGAGGAACUUGAGUAUAGAUACUAAAUCCUCUGAGAAAUCUCCAAAGAUCAACUGGGCGCAACACGCUAGUGCACAUGAUGGUUUCGCAAGUCAAAAUAAGUUUUUGAGCUCAACUUUCCUUUACUCGUUACCAACACAGAAACCUAGUUCUGAAGGAAUACCAUGUGAAAGCAGGUCGAUGGCUUCUGCAGUUGUAGAUCCUCAAAGGCAGCAUGAUCCACAAAUUAAAAAGGCUUGGCAUACUCUUUCUAGCCUUAAGGAGACAUGCAGGAUUUAUUUAAAACCUGGAAUAACUUCACCUUUAGUUCAUAGGAAUGGUGCAGAGAAAUUGCCAUCCACAAUGGUAUAUCCUUCUCAUGAUACGACAAAGAAAGCUACCGUAUGGAGUUCAUCUGACAUGUCACGAAGAUCUUCUGAAAGUUCCACUCAUGAAGAAGUUCAGAAUCAUCCUAAAUUCAUCAAUUCCAGUUCUAGAGUUGGUGAACCUGUAAAAAACACGAGUUCUUCUUUGCCAGAAAGAAGGGUGAAUGCUGCAGAAAAUUUCAGAGGUACAAACAUGGGAAUGCCACAUGGGAGAGAAGAAUCAAUGAUGUAUAACUCUCCAGCUGCCGUUUGUAAUGGAUCUACUGAUCAGGGGUUAGUUGCAGAAUUUGCUGAUGGUUUUGAUGAUGAUGAAAUCUUUCAGACUCUUGAUGUAGAUCAAAUCGUUCAGGAGCACAUCCAAUUAACUUGCACACCUCAAUCAUCAAUGUCUAAGCUCCCUCCAUUCACCCCAGUUGUAAAUAAAGAUAGUUAUACAAGUUAUGAAGGAGCAUGUUUGCCGCCAGAAUUAUCCAUUGACUGUGAUCAUGGGGUGAAGGUAGCACAUUGCCCAGAAGCUGCAUCUCAUUUGCAGGAGAAGAAGGAUUUACUAAUUUCCAUUUCGAAUGAGCUUCUUGACAAUGGAGAUGAGUUAAGCCCGCCACAGUUAGAGAAGCUUCGUCAGGAUAGGGUGCAGUUGAAAGAAGAAGUUAAGCUGCUUGAGAAAUAUCUCCAGUCUUCAUCAGUGAAUGAAGAGAGACAGAAAUCACAUUCUUUAGCAUCCACCGCUGCACACAGGAGUUUUCAACCUGAAACACCUUUGAGCACAUUCAGGAUUGAUCCUCUGAGAUUUGAUGCUCAAGUCCAGAUACGUGCUGAACAAAACAGCUACAUCAGUGGGUCGCAGUCAUCCAUAUCAUUCUCUUGUCAUGAUAGGUUUGCCACACCAGGCCCUGUGGAAAGGGAAGCAUAUACUCCAAAAAUCUUUGAUGUUAAAUACAUUGAUGGAUCGAAUGACAAGAGAUGGAGCAGUAGUAACUUUCCAUGGUCCAAAGAGCUGGAGGCCGAUAACAGGAGAGUAUUCGGGAAUCGUUCCUUUCGCCCCAAUCAAAGAGAGGUGAUAAAUGCAACAAUGAGUGGUUGUGAUGUUUUUGUUUUGAUGCCGACUGGAGGUGGAAAGAGCUUGACAUACCAGCUUCCUGCUCUUGUAUCUGAUGGAAUUACCUUAGUGAUUUCACCUCUUGUCUCGCUCAUUCAAGAUCAAAUCAUGCAUCUGCUCCAGGCAAAUAUCCCUGCUGCAUACUUGAGUGCCAAUAUGGAGUGGACCGAGCAGCAAGAGAUAUUUAGAGAAUUGAGCUCUGGUUGCUGUAAAUACAAGUUAUUAUAUGUCACCCCAGAGAAAGUUGCUAAGAGUGAUGCUUUAUUGAGACAAUUGGAAAGUUUGCAUGCCCGUCAAUCUCUUUCAAGGAUUGUUGUGGAUGAAGCUCAUUGUGUAAGCCAAUGGGGACAUGAUUUCAGACCGGACUAUCAGAGCCUUGGUAUUUUGAAACAAAAGUUCCCAAGUACUCCGGUUUUGGCUUUAACUGCUACUGCAACUGCAAGUGUCAAAGAAGACGUUGUGCAAGCUCUUGGUCUCGUGAAUUGCAUUGUUUUUACGCAAAGUUUCAAUCGUCCGAAUUUGUGGUACUCCACGGUCCCAAAGACAAAAAAAUGUAUGGAGGACAUUCACAAGUUCAUCAAAGAGAAUCAUUUCGAUGAAUGUGGCAUCAUCUAUUGUCUUUCCAGACUUGACUGUGAGAAAGUUGCUGAAAAGUUACAGGAAUGUGGUCACAAAGCAUCAUUCUACCAUGGUAGCAUGGACCCUCACCAGCGAGCAUUUGUUCAAAAGCAGUGGAGCAAAGAUGAGAUCAAUAUCAUAUGUGCAACGGUAGCAUUUGGAAUGGGUAUCAACAAACCUGAUGUCCGCUUUGUCAUCCAUCAUUCACUUCCCAAAUCAAUUGAAGGUUACCAUCAGGAAUGUGGCCGUGCUGGUAGAGAUGGUCAACGGUCAUCUUGCGUAUUAUAUUACAGCUACAGUGAUUAUAUUCGAGUUAAGCAUAUGAUUAGCCAAGGAGUCACGGAGCCAAGUCCGUUUGCAGCUGGAUCUAGACGAUCUAAUCCUGAGAGGAUGUUAGAAACAAAUAUUGAGAAUCUUCAGCGAAUGGUUAGCUAUUGUGAAAAUGAUGUUGAUUGCCGACGUUUCCUACAACUUAUUCAUUUUGGGGAAAAAUUUGAUUCUGCAACGUGUAAUAAAACUUGUGAUAACUGUUCCAAGAAUUUAAGUCAUAUUGACAAGGAUGUUACAGAUAUAGCGAAUCAGCUGGUUGAGUUAGUUAAGUCAACAGGACAGCAGAAUUCAUCAUCUCAUAUCCUGGAAGUCUUCAGAGGUUCCAUGAGCCAAAUUGUUAAGAGGUACAGACACGACACUGUGAAGCUUCAUGGAUCAGGGAAACAUCUUGGGAAGGGGGAAGCAUCCCGAAUUUUGCGCCAUCUUGUUACGGAGGAUGUGCUUGUGGAGGAAGUAAAGAAAAGUGAUAUAUAUGGAUCCGUAUCAUCAGUAUUGAAGGUAAAUGAUUCUAAGUUCUACGAUAUUAGCUGUGGUGGCAAGAAGAUUAUUUUAAGGUUCCCCACAUCCACAAAAACAGUUAAAGCUGCGGUGACAAAAGGCCCACUUGCCUCGUCAGGGAAGAUGAGCAAUAAGCAAUAUGAAACUCCUGUCGAGAAACCUUAUGAAACUCCUGAUGAGAAACCUCAAAGUGAAGCUGAGCAGCUUCUUUCUGCCACAGUUUAUGGUGCUUUGAGACUGCUUCGAACUAAUCUUAUAAGAGAAGCUGCUGAAGGUGGUGUCAAUCUUGCAGCACACCACAUAUUUGCGAAUAACGUGUUACAUAAUUUGAGCAAAGCGAUCCCCAGAACAAAAGAAGAACUUCUUGAAGUGAAUGGCAUCGGCAGGGCCAAGCUAGCCAAAUACGGAGAUCGGGUACUUGAAGCGAUUGACAUAACAGUAAAUGGCUUCCAUAGCAAGGACAAGAGUAACAACAGCAGUGGUAGCGACAAGAGAAGGAGAAAUUUGACUGGAACAACUAACUCAGGUUUUAUAGAGGACGAUGAUGACUUCACUGACAGUACUGGCUCACUGAAGAAAAGGGCAUCAGAUGAAGCUAUGAAUAGAAAUACCGAGUAUAAUGAUUUUGAUGCGGCGAGAUAUGAUCAAUGCAUUGAUAUUGAUCUAGAUUGGGAAGACCUCAACGACGAUGGAAACAUUAAUGGUUCAAAUGCGAAUAACGAGCUAGGUAGAGUAUUACCUUCUUGGGCAGCCGGAAACAAGUCUCAAACUCAAGGUCGUAAUCUGUACCAAGAAUUCGCAUAUAAGGGAUGAAUGUCAUUUCUCGAGGAUGUGUUUUCUUAGUUCUAAGCUCAUUUCUGAUUUCCCCAUUGCUUGUUUUAGUUCACCGUACAGUUUUGUAAUUCCAUCUCAUUGCUGUUUGGAAAGUAUAUGUGCCGUGCCGUGCCGUUGAAUAGUGUGUGUUAGAAGGUCUUAACGGUCACGGCACAUCCAUAAUGUAAUAAGACGAUGUUUUCAUUAAUAGGAGGAUUUAUUUCCAAUCCAAGAAAAA